GGCCCCGCUCGAACUACAAAACGACAAGGACGGCACGCCGUUUCGUUCGACCUGCUGCGAGAGCGAUCUCCGCUCUGGGUGAUUGAUGAUAAUCACCAUCUCGGAACGCUCUCCGGUGUCCAUCUCAAUCGCAUCAGGAUCAUAAGCUCUUCGUUCGUUCGAGAUGAUUUCCGUUUGCCCGCACCUUCUCCGGCCACUUCUCAACGUCUCCGUCGACAUUUCUCGAGACUCUCCGGCUGCUGACCGUCAUCUCGGAGCGAGUCCCCGGUGAUCAUGGACGGCGGCGGCGACGAAGAGUUUCGUCCGCCCGCCGGUGCCGCGGAACGUGGUUCCCCGAAGCAUGAGGAGAGGAACAAGGAUUCGGAGGAGGACGUGAUCAGCGAACUGCCGCAUGAAAUUCUUGUCUCCAUUUUGUCCCUUUUGACCUUGAAGGAAGCUGUGAGGACUAGCGUUCUUUCUCGGAGAUGGAAAAAGUUGUGGACUUACACGACGGGUAGCUUGAAUUUCGAAGAUUCGAAGACAAAGCACGGCAUCUUGGGUAACACGAAAUCUUUGAGAGUGGAAAGGUUCAAGUUUAUUGGAUGGGUAAAUCGGGUGUUAGACUCGCAUCAAGGUUCGAGUAUUCGUGAGCUUAGGGCGUGUUUCGAUUUGAAUAAUCGCUCAAGGCGUUAUGUAGAUGAGUGGGUAGCAGCAGCGUUGGCAAAGAGAGUUCAGAAUUUGGAGCUGGACUUUUCACCCUUUCUCAAAGGGAACCAUUCUACAUGGUACACAUUCCCCAGCAAGUUCAUUUCUCCAAGAGCCGGAUGCCGUUUUGACUUGUCUUGCCUGAGGUCUCUGUGCCUGAAGUUCGUUAAUGUUACGGAUGAGAUUUUGGAGUGCAUCCUCAGCAGUUGUCCUUUUCUUGAGCGGUUGGUUAUAGUAGGCUCGGAGCUUCUUUCAAAUAUAAAAGUUUCAGGCUCCUCUCUUUCUCUGAAGCACUUGUUUAUAUAUUCUAAUAACUUGAGAAACUUUGAAGUUUCUGCGCCAAAUCUGGUAUCUCUUGGUUACCACAAUGAAACAAUAGGAGCACCACAAGUGCUCAUCGAGAAUGUUCCUCUGCUAACUAGUGUUUAUCUUGGUGCUCUUUAUGAUCCUAUUAGUAUUUAUCUACAUCCUUUUCGGAGCUCUUUGCAUCAACUGGAAGCUCUUCACUUACGCAUGAAUCUUUUCAAGGAUGGUCUGGAGAUACCACAGUUUCCAGUGUUAUUUAAUCUCGGGCAUCUCACAUGGAGAGUUCGCACAUCUGAUACAGCAAGCCUCCUUGGUUUAACUCCUCUUAUAGAGGCAGCACCAUUCUUGCGUUAUUUUGAACUUGAGCUGGAGUGGACAGAACCAUGGAGACGAAGGAAUGCUAAAAAGGUGAAUGCAACUCCGAAUCAGUAUCUCAAGGUGGUGAAAAUAUGUGGUUUUAGGGGGUAUGCGGUUGAUUCGGAGAUCCUCUCAUAUCUGCUUGAAAGGGCCACAAUGCUUGAGGAGAUUGUUGUUGAUCCUCAUGCUUGUUUAACGGAAGGAACUGCCAUGGAGGAGGAACAGGCUGCAAGAAAAAUGGCUGAGCAGUUGAAACCCAAACUACCUCAUGCAGCUAAUUUGAUAAUUUUGUAGUCUAUCAAGAUCGAGUUGCAUCAUGUAAUGUACAUUUUGCUUGACUGUCCUCUACAAUCUAGUGACUGAAUGGACAAUUGGUCCCAUAAAUUUUGAAAUUGUUUUCUUUAUAGCAAAUCGGUCUUGUAAAAAACCAUGUCCAUCUGCACAUUGUUUUGCAUCGCC